CGCUGAUCCACUGUGCCACGGGGGGGCUUCAGGAAAGAGAACGCUGGCUGACACUCAAGCAGCUUAUCGAUUUAACGCAGGAAACUAAUUAUUGGCUGCACAGGGAUUAAGGAUAUCAUUUAAACAGUCAACCCAAGUCAGACCUGGAUCUUGUCGUUGUUUGGCAGCAGAUAUUCCAUGGCUAUGGAGGUCCAUUGGAUCGGGGUCCAUGCCCUGAAGAUGGGCCUUCCGCAGACAGCCGUCAACCUGAUCGUCACCAUCUUACUUGGUGUGAGGGCUGCUCAGGCCCUGGAGAUGUCCGUCGGGAAGAUUCCCUUCUUGCAGGCGGUGAAUGGCAGCACGGUCCUGUUGCCCUGCACCUAUACCAGCUGCAUCGGCAUUGAGCACCUUUACUUCAACUGGCAGUUCGAUCACAAUGGUGUCAUGAAAAAGGUGUGCGACGCCGUGAUACAGUCAGAAGGGGUGGUGCCGAAGGUGAAGAUGUACCAAGAUCGUUUUGAGUUUGUGGGGAAGAACGAGAAAAACAACAUUUCCAUCUUGUUGUGGAACAUCACCUUCGAGGAUGCAGGCCAGUACACAUGUUUUGGACGCAACCGCAAAGAAAAGGAAAAGAACCACAGCGCCAUCUUCAGUCUCAUUGUGGUGGAGGAGUUGAGGGAGGUGGACAACACGCUGACCAUCAUGAUUGCCUCAGCAGUGGGUGGAGCCAUCGCACUGCUCAUGGGCUUCAUGCUGCUGAAGAACUUCACUCUCUUUGUUCUUUCCAAGCUUGAGGAGAAAAAUAAGGAGUGCCUUGUAACUUCAUCAGGGAUCGACAACACAGACAACGGCCUCUCAGGAUCCAAAGUGGAUUCGAAACCCAAAACACCAAAACAACCAAACACCAAGAAAUAAGGAUGCGCAUGUAUUCUAAACCAUAGGAGUGCUUUUAUUUAUGCGCCUUCAUCAAUAGAAUUCUACUGUACAAGCCCACCAGGUAUGCACAGUAAUAAUGUCAUAGUGUUUGAAAAACAUGCUUUUGUCUUAUGCGCACUAAAAAAAUAACCAAAGACAAGUAACUCACUAUUUUUCACCUUUAAUAUUUCAUUCUAUUAGCAAUUAUCCUACUUUCAUUAUACACAAAUGUAUUUAAUUUUUACACACAUUUAAUUGAUACCAUAAGCACCAAAGUGCAUCUUUGAUUUGUGCCUUUUCUGUGUGCGGCACAAAUCAAAUCAAAUCAUUUUGGUUCCAUUUUG